AGCGCGCUCAUUUCAAAAUGGCGGCUGCGAGACCGCAUUCAGCUCAACAUGUCGAUCCAGUGAAAAGGCUGAAAGAGGAGUAUAUGGCCUGGAAACACAGUCAUCCUAAGGACUUCAUUGCUAAUCCUGUAGAGAAGGACGGAGGAGAAACUGACUGGCUAACCUGGAGAUGUGCCAUUCCAGGACCAAAAAAGACAAUGUGGGAAGGUGGUAUGUACAAGCUAGGGCUGUCAUUUCCUCAAGACUAUCCAUUCUCUCCGCCUAACUGUGUGUUCAAUCCUGUGAUCUUGCAUCCAAAUGUGUUUCCAUCUGGUAAAGUUUCCUUGUCCCUGAUUGACAAGAAUAAAGGUUGGAAGCCACAAAUUACCACCAAAGAGGUGCUUCUUGGAAUUCACUUGUUGCUCAGUGAACCUAACUUCAAUGAGCCAGCACAGGCUGAAGCGUAUGUAGUGUAUAGUCAAAGCAGAAUGGAAUACGAGGAAAGAGUCAAGAAACAAGCUAAAGAAAUGACUGCAAAUAGCAACUGAAAAACGAUUUUGUUAAGAUUUAUCAUAUUAGAUACUGCAUGAAGAUUGUACACACAAGGCAUAUGGAAAAGCUGCUAUCAAUCCAGACAGCAAGGCUUAUGAAUUUGAUUGUCUAGCAUAGGGUCUAAACAAUCCAGAGUGUGGUCAAAAGUGGCAGUGCCCCAAGGAAGGGCCUUAUACUGAGGGCCCCUUUCCCCCUCAGGGUGGGGGGGGUCUAGAGCAUGCUUAAAAGAUGGUGAUGAGGUCUUAAAAUGGACUGCAGAUCACCAGUGACUGGCUUUUAAUGAAGUGACUGGCUUUUAAUGAAAUUCCUGUUUAAAGUUAAUGAACUAAGUCAAUCGAAUGCCUCUUUAAAACAUAACUAGCAAAUACAGUACAGUCUCAAUGGCAAAUCUUUGAAUCUUGAGCUUUGAACAGUUUUGUGUACAUGUCAUUUGUGAAAAUACUUACUGGCUAGAGGUUUAUUUACACAAGGAUGGAUGAAAUAAAGUUUACAUCUGACA